AUGCCGCAAGAUGCGCCGGCAGACACGGCAGGUCCGUCGUCACCACCUCCCCGAAUGCCGGAGGGAUGGCUCCCUCAAUGGGAAGGAGUCCAGCGCAAAUGGUAUUAUGUCCAAAGAGCGACCGGCAAAUCACAAUGGGAAAUUCCGACCGAGCCUGUCGUUCUUACGCCGUCAACAACACCCACGUCCAUCGGCACCGGCCCCUCACAAGCACCACCCUCGCGACCGUCAACAAACAGCCCCCGAAUGACUGCUUUGACAAACACAUUGGCGGAAAGAAUUGAAGCUGCCGCAGCCAGUGCGAGGACCUCCAGCUCCCUAGAUGCCCAGCUCAAUGGACAGCCUGCGGCCACGUCUCUCGGAUAUCCAGGGAAGUCAGGAUGGUAUCAAGACCAGACUGGCCAGCACCUUGGUUAUCCAUACGGCCAAACUGCUCCAUUAACCGAAAGUGGGUAUAGUUCGGGACUGCAUCAUCAUGGAGCUUCCGGAAACAUGAACAUCGAUUCACCAUCAUAUUACCCUGGUAACCCGCUGGCCAAUCACGUUGGCCAGCAGCCUUUCAUGGGCAACUCUUGGGGUCACAAUUCCAACCUCGUGGCCGGACAAGCCAGUGGGUACAACCUUCAGCAGCACCAAGAUCCCUAUCAAAAUUUGGCCAUAAGAGGCUCUCAACCAUUACACCACAUGGAAGCAUACCCUUCCUCGGUAGCUAUUCCCGAAGGCCAAAUUUCAGAUGUCAGAGCUGAUCAAACCCCGCCUCAGCCUCAAUGGCGGGUGGAGCAACAACCUAUGCACCAAAACACUCCACAUUACGCCGUCUCCACCAAUCCUGGCUCCACCAAUCCAUCCAGACCAUAUAUCGGCUCGUAUCCAACACCGCAAACGAGCGGUUGGUCAUCUGGGGAAUUCACCUCACGAUCGUCACUUUCUUCCGAACACUCGCAUCCUGGAAGUGAUCACAAUUCGAAUCGAUCCGCACAACAGGCAAACCAUUCGAUGUCACGAUCUCAAUCUCAUCAUAGCCCGUUCCACCAGCAAGCCGCUCCUUCUCAUAUGCAGUACAGCGGUGCUAAUCUGGCAGGCUCUCAAUCUGGAACGGGGCUUAACUCAAUGGUAGUCCCACCGGGACCAGAAGCUCAGGCUAUCGGACAUUUCUACCAAAAUUCUCUGGCCCAGCUCGGUCCCCAUCAAUACUUGCCCCAGCAGCAGCCAAGUAACCCGGGAGGCAACAUGCCCGGCGUUGGAUAUCCGCAUCAAUAUAUACAGACUACUGGUCAGUAUAACGACUGGCCUGGUACGGAUUCCCAUCUAUCAAGAAUCUCGGCGUCGGAUCCGCAAUUCGUCAGUGGUCCAUGGGGAUCAACGCCAUCAACAUCAGGACCUCCACCCUCGACUCGAUACGAAUGA